GAUAAACUUAAUAGAAAAUGACUCAAGUAAAAGUGAAAGUCACCCAGUAAAACACUACUUGAGUAAAAGUAUAAAAGUAUUUGGUUUUAAAUAUACUUAUAAGUGUGUGAAUUAGACCAUUUUCCUGUCCUGCUAAGCAUUCAAAAUGUAACGAGUACUUUAAGGUUUUAGGGAAAAUGUAUGGAGUAAAAAGCACAUUAUUUUCUUUAGGAAUGUAGAGAAGUAAAAGUUGUCAAAUAUAUAAAGUACAUCUACCUUCAAAAAACGACAUAGUAUGUUCAAGUAUUUUUACUUCAGUACUUUACACCACUGAGGUUUACUUUGCUAGUGACAUUUAUUGGAGGGGUUUGUUCUCUCAGGAGGCCCAGAAGAAGGUGUCAAGCUUCCUAGUGAAGCUGAGGCUGAAGAAUCCUUUGCAGAUUACUGAUAACAGGUCCAGUUCGGAGUCAGAGCGAGCUAACGCUGAAGUUCGCCAGGGGGCAGUCAUGCAGUCUUCAGUACAGGGCAAAGCUCUCCGCAGCACGCAAGGAACUAUCCAUAAUAACUCACCGCAGCACUCCCCACCCACUGGCACUGAUAAGAGUUGCAGGGGGGCAGAGGGAUCUACAUCCCCAGAUAACAUUGACAGCGACAGGAAGAAGAUCAUGUUCCCACUCCUCUUCACCAAGACAGCCGUGGCUGGGACCACCACCAACCCCCUUCUCACUGAGAAUGACCAGCCCAGCGGGAAGCUUUCUGCCAAGGCAGAAAAGGCCCACAAGACUGUGAUGGUGGCCGGUAUCCCAGAGGAGAUUGGUGUUGGAGCUAAGGUCAUGCAGAAGACCUUACCGGUCAUAUCCAAGUUAAUUUGGUCACGGCCCAGUCCAAGUGAAGAAGAUGACAAAGUCCAGGGCAAAGUCAAAGACUUCCACAAGACCAAACUAGGUGAACAGAAAGAAGAUAACGUCCCACCAAUAGCCAAAGAACCCCGGAGAAAAGGGUCCUCCCAUGGAGCAGAGCAAGGCAGAGGCAGGGACUAUAGCAGGAGGAAGGAGCCCCUCUCCUACAACAUACAACACAGACUCAACCAAGCCAUGACAGAUUCAGACAGACUCAAAGCUAGAGAGGUCAUCAAGAGAAGCGGAACCAUCCGCUGUGAGAAUCUCCAGCAAAGGCCCAACCGACAGAAGCCAGAGUUGGAGCGAUUCAAACCCAGGGAUAUCACCAAGAGGAGGGCCAUCAUUCCAUGUGAUGAGCUGCAGCAAAGGCCCCAUCAGCCAAUGCCAAAGCCAGAUAAAGCUGCCCUGGUUAAACUCCCAGCGAUUCCACGGUGGACGGGCUCCAUCUCAUAUGAGGAGUACCAGAAGCUGAACCAGAAGAUGCCAGACAGCACCAUCAACACAGAGGACCUGGAGGAGUUCUUAAACUCACUUGGCAUUACUCAUAUUGAAGACCUGGCAACUACGGUGCCUGACGAUCCCCUGAUCGAUGCCCAGUCUGAUGCCUUCAAAGAAGUCUUUGAGCAGUUUGCAAAGAGCAGUGAUGGCUCUCUCAAUGAGGAGGGCCUGGCGUCCACGCUGGACAGAGUGGGGAUCAGUAUCAGCCCAGAGGAGGUGAAGAAAGCCCUGCAGAAGGCUGACUACGACGAGGACGGAGAGGUGGGGUUUCAAGAUUUCCUGCAUGUGAUGGCAGACAGCCAGCGCUUCUCCAAGUGCUUGAAAGCUGAAGGAGCGGACCCAUCCCAGUCUGGUGAGGUGUGUGAGACAGUGUUUUACAAGGCCCUGACCAGGAUGAUGGCUGCCGGUAUCCUGUCCAGUGGUACUACAACAGAGAUAGUACAGUACUACCAUAAAAAGACUCUGAGGCUGAUCCGGCAGGCCGUGCGACCAGACAGGGAGGAUGGGGACCAUGUUCUCACCUACUACACCAAGGGAGCUCAUCUCAUAGGCCUGAAGAGCAAGCAGCUCCUCAAGUACAUCCAGCCAGUGGAGACAAUUGCCCAAAGCCAGAAGGUGAAGGACAGCCCGUACUUGAGGUGUCCCAGCCUGAACGUGGCCUACACCUCCUGGGACCCCCGGCGCAUGUCCCUGAACCCUGCACAGAGGGCCAAAAUGGGCCACGUGAAGUCUGUCAAGACCUGGAAGACCGCUGAGAUCGAGGAUCGCAUCAGACAACUGUCAAUCAAGCACCCCGGGAUGGAGAAAAUGGAGAUGAUCACGCCUGUGAAGAUGAAGGUGAACAUGUCCAUGAAGGAGAGGGACCACCUCACUUACAAUGAGAUCAACCAGAUAAAGCAGAUGUCCAAAUCAAGUCUGAAGGAGUACCUGAAGGACCUGACCCAGCUGAAGCGCAGGGACAUGUGGAUCUCCUGGGGCUCCCUUCAGUGUUACUGUGCCCUCCACAGCCGAAAGGACUUCCCCAAAACCUUCACCACCUACUCCUGGUCCUGGAGCGGCUGUCGCAACAUGAUGGAGACUGGAGACCUGGACGCUCCCUGUAGGUCCGCCCUAUGCCCCCAUGUAGCCAACCACUGGAGCCCAUUGCCAGGAAGCGGCGUGCCUCGUCCAAUCAGGGAGGCUAAAAAGAGAAGACCCUGGCGGCAACCCCGUUGACAGGAAGAGCAGUACACUGUAGAAAAGAGGAAUAACACCAAUAGCAAUCAUAACAAUACUGAUACGAUCAAUUACUUUAACCACAAAGAUCCCAGCCACCCCCACUUCCUCUGACCACAGUCUCCACUCCCCCACCCCUCCUGAUCCCAGUCCCAGACUUCGACUAGAGCGGCUGUAGUUAUGAGUGCAACAACCCCCCAUGUUAUGUGUACAAACAGGACCGGCCCCCUAGCUGAUCUGUUGCUCUGGGCCUAACUUACAUUAGCCCGCCCCUGAGGCCCCAUGAGAGGGGGAGGGGGAUGGAGGAGAGGACAUGCAGUGUCUCCCUGCUCAGCAGAAAUAAACCCAUCAUCCCUGAAAAAAAUAGCAGAAUGAGUCAAACGAGUGUCACUGGUUUGUUUGAAAACUGCACCGUGCAAAAGUGAGGAGGAGGAGGGAUAGGUAGGGAGGGAUCUGGGGUCGGUCUGCAUGAAAACAUUAAGGGAACUGAAAGAGUGUUAUGGAGAGGGGGAAGUGGCAGUGCUUUAGAUGUUAAAUAGAGCUAAAUAUGUAAAUAAAUAUAUGUUGCCUGGAUGAUGUGUCCAAACAGUCAUUUCCAAUAACUCCCACAUCAAAGAGCCACUUCUCCACUCUAGACAACCCAUAUUAACAUCAGUCUAUGAAUAAAUCUAAGGGUCCUACAAGGCCAGGACUACUCAUCCCCUUGGCCUGCUCCAACUAGCUGGGUUACACUAUAGUCUGCCGAUUAAGUCCCUGACUGGUCCAGGUCCUGAUCGGGUCCUCAACCCUGAUAUCAGGCCCAAUUGAGGAAGGGAUCAGCGCUGGUCUGAUCCAUUCAUUAUGAUCGGUCUCAGUCUGAUGUUAACCAGACAUGCCUGAGCACACACACACACACACACACACACACACACACACACACACACACACACACACACACACACACACACACACACACACACACACACACACACACACACACACACACACACACACAGCGUACGUUAGCCCUCCGCCUGGCUCCCAUUAAGAAGAUGACAGGUAAUAAAAUAAACCACAGUGAAACAGGGAGCUCUGUUGUUAAAGCUGUUGUGCUUGCAUGUGUCUGUGCAUUUGGCGACAGUGACACUGUUUACUUAGACUACGAGCACUUGGCCUGAUGGCCCCUGUCAUCCUGUAAACCAGAUGCUUGAGCAGUUUCCUUCUCCUCUCUCGUGUUUACUGUAUGCCGAGACCAGAUAAGCGCUAUUAUGGCAAACACAACAGUUUGGGCUCGAUAUUUUCUCAGCCAAUUGGAUAGUAGGACAAUGGUCCUGCCUGGGAAUCUCACCAUCUUUUUCUCCAAACAAAUCGAUCAUUGUUUGGAAAUGUAAAACUAGGUAAGGCUGGCCCGUGUCUGUUUCUCUGGAUGUCAUGGGGAAAGAGAGAGGGCCCCCUAGUGCCUUUGACUGGUUCCUAAAGGAUUAUUGUAGUUUGACUGAGACCACCUCUUCAGAUGGUUUACCUCAAGGGGGUGCCAGUGUAUCAGCCCGUAUUGUCUGGUUCAGUCGCUUCACUUCCUCAGAUAAGCUCAUUGACUUGAUAAUGACUUUAAUUUGUCUCCGUCUUGUGAUAACGAAGACAUAUAUUUGAUGGUCUAAUGAAUCUACCCUUUAGUAGAGUAGUUUAUUAACUGUUGAUAUGAAGUCAUAAUAUACUGUAGCGGUCCUGAAAGCCCUUUAAAAUGUUACGCUUCAAAUUCCUGGUGUCAGAUCUGUCAAUGUCAUGUCUGUAACAUGAUCUUAAUGUUGUCAAUGAUGUUCACACCAGGCUCUUUGGCUUCCGAAACCACUUCCUUAUCCUCACCAGAUGUUAUUUCCACAGAGGAAACGUCUAUUGAUGUGUUGUUCACUAGUCAGAGGUGAAGUCCAAGCAACAGCAGCAUUGUGCCGGGCUUCCGCCUAUUCAUCGGUCCUCUCUCAGCUUUCAUUAUUACAUUCUGUAUCUCAGAGCCUUCGUGUUAUUCUGUUAUUCUCUCAUUCUCAGUUCUCUCUCUGUACCUACUUAGUGAGAUCCUUCUCUUUCAGUGGGUGUUCCAUGACUUAGUAAACGGCGACGACGUAUAUCAGGUACACAUUUCCAAAAAUGUGAAAACGGCAUGAAGGCCAUUACCAGAUUGUUAACCGUCAGCUGCCUAUCUGGCUUCUGUCUUUAGAGACGUUCCUUUCAAAGUGACCCAAAGCAGCUCCAGCUGCAUGUUUAUCUCCAGACACAUCGAGAUGAUGUUUAGACCGAAGAGUCACACUCAGCCACCCGAGGAGAGAUAUAAAGGCCAUUUGGACGUAUCACUGGAACCGUACAUUUAGAUAGAGGGAACGUUAAGACCCCGCAUGCCAGCUGGGUGAGAGAGAGUAGGCCUCACUAAGGACAGACACAACAAAUGUAAACCGUUUAAAAGUCAUUAAGUCAAUUGGUGUCAUUGGGGCUGUAAAGUUUAGAUUGUCUGUAUGGAUGCGGCACCCUCCCAUGAAUUACCCAGGAGCCUCUCUGUCCUGUCUGUCGUUAGAGGCUCCCGCUGAUGAAUGAAGAAGUAUCACCCUCUUUCCUCAUAACGAGCUGCUUCCAGCAUGACUUGCCAAAUGUUUCUCCAACUCUGUACUGUAUACUGUCCGUCUGUCAACACUGUUCUGAUUCAAACUCCUGUGCAGGCUUUUGUUUGGAAGCCAAAUUUGGUUAGGGAGUACAAAUAGUUUUUUAUAUUUUUUUAUUGUGUCCUGCAUAAUAGGGCCUAUAUGAAUGGUCCUGUGUAUUAGCAAAAUUGAGCACUUCUCGCUCUAGCGUCUAUUUCGGAUGCCAAAUUAGAUGUGUGGAUGUGUGCACGGUCUACUCUGUGUGUGUGUGCGUGUGUGGCCUCAUAUGGAGUGUGUUGUAGCUGUGUUGUUGGAUGAGGUAAUAGGUUUAGGCAUGAGGUUAUCUUAUGGAUUUAUCAAAGAGCCCCUAUUACCUGGUUGACUCACACUCUGGAAUCUGCCUGCAAUCUGGACUCAGGGGUAGACGUAACAUAGUAAAUGAAAAUCCGGGACACUCAAAUGAAUAUGAUAUGUUACAUUUGGUAUGGUACGUAUUCAUUUGUGGAUGUCCAUCAAUCAUUUCGUAUGACAUGUUACGAAUUACAAUUCAUAUUAUAUGUUACGAAUUACCAUUUGUGUGAUAUGUUACGAAUUGGAAUUUGUACAAUAUGUUCAGAAUUUGCCAUACGUAUAUGUUACGAAUUCCAAUUGGUUGUGGCUAACGUUAGCUAGGUGGGUAGGUGGCUUAUGCUAAUGUUAGCUAGGCUAGGGUUAAGGUUAGGAGUUAUGUUAAGGGUUAGGGUUAGCUAACAUCCUAAGUAGUUGCAAAGUAGCUAAAAUACUAAUGUCCGUGAUGAGAUUCAAACACGCAAUCUUUGGGUUACUAGGCGUCAGCGUUGUAUACCAAUCCAUCCACCCCUAUCAACCACCCUUCUUUCAUUUUUGCCUUAAGUAACCUUCCGUCUCAUUUAGCCACACCAAACGUAACAAAUCAUACUAAUUGUAGUGUCCCGGAUAUUCAUCUACUAUGUUACAUCUAGUCUAUUAGACCAGCCUGGGAAUCUUUAGUGCCCUUCUAGUAAAGCGUCUCAGCUUCACCUUCAAGUUGGCUUGUGAAAUAAAACGACAGACUGCCCUAUCUAUGAGGACUGAGGACACAGUGUUGAGUAAUGCCAUUCAUAUUCAUCUGGUAAAAGUCUUACGUCUAAAUCCUAGUGGAUCCCACUAGAAGGACUUCUAGGGAAUCUACCUGCCUGUACACAUGGUCUAUUUUUAUUACAUCACUGUCAUUCUAGUAUAAAUGUGAUGGUUAACAGAGUAGUUUAGCAUGCACCUCCUAGCAGCACACCUUGACACAUGCAUACCAUCCAUAGUCUCUGCUUUAUUUCAGUUACUGAACCAAUGGGUUCAGUAACUGAAUUUGUCUUAGGUUGUCAAAGUGUAAUCUAGCAAGAAUGUACUUCUAUCACAACAUGGUAGCAACACCACCUCGCAAUGUUUCUCUCUCUCUAAUGCGUUUGCUUUGAUAAUUCUUAUCCCAGAUUCGACAGAAACCCAAACAGCCCAUCUCAUCACAGACCUUGAACAUGGCAGUCGUUCUGUGUGGUUAAUGAUGUGGAAUUUGGGAGGGUUGGAGCAGGGAUGGAAAGUGAGGGGAGCAGAGUGAUAUUGAGUGAAUGAUCUACCACAGUAUCACUGCAUAAUGGUACCUGAAAUCAGGGCAGUGAAACACAAAUGCUCUGUGUGUGAGAGGGAUGCAGAGGCAUUUAAGCUAGGUAUUAAUAAGUAACUCUAUCCGUAAAGGUAUCAACAGUUCAGUGAACAGUUUCAAGAACUACGAUAGGCAAACGUCUAGUGUAUUUGUUGGUGCCAGUGCAGUACACUGUGUCACAAGGCUGAAACACAAGACUUACUGUCGCCGGUUUGACAUAUUGUGCUGUAGUGUACUGGCUUACUGUGCUGUGUGAGAGAACUGACUAGACCUACAUUAGGUCAUACUACUAUUACCAGGGAUGCUCAUAGUAAUAGUGUGUACAGUAAAUGUACUGUAAGGCUUCUUCUCUACUGAGCCCGAGGGAAGGGAACGCAGAGCUGCUGGUUGCUGCAGUAGCAGCCACUCGUUCUACGGUCUGUGUUACCAUGGACACGGCUCACUGUGGAAAGAUCUCUAGUGGCUGUCUCUCUCUGGGAUUUAUGUUAACUGUUAUGGGGGCGUGGCUGUUGUGUUCAAUACUCUCACCCACCGGUGUGAAAUUAUUCAUACAGUACGUAACAUAGAUGUCACACACACAUCCAAAGUUCAGUCUCUGCACUGAUAAGUGAGCACUCAAACAGUAAGACAGGUGAAUGUGAACAAAUCAAACACUUGACAAAGCAACCUUUGGCUGUGUUUAUGCAUGGAUAAGCUCUCUCGUUCUGUAUAAGUGUGUGUGUGUGUGUGUGUUUCUAUUAGC